GACGGAAAAUCCAGUUCGACAUUGCUGGUAUACUUCAGUGCUGUAUAUGGCCUUUCUCCACCUACCGGGUCUGAGUUCCUUCGCCCACACCAGUAUACGACAUGUCUAUCUGGGUUCAUCUACUGUACCCGCCUCGUUAUGCUUGAGGCAGUAUUGCCACGUUUCUCACAUGACUAUAUCGGUAUCAAGGCUCGGCCACGCAGCGGCCAGCUCGAAUUGCUCAAUAGCAUUCGACACCAAAAGAUGUGCGACGGAACUAUGUCCCCUUUAGGCGAGUUCUUAAGUCUCUUAGCGUAUGGUAAUGCCUUGCGUCGAUCAGAAGGGCCAGCCUUUCUCUUU